AUACAUUCAGCCAGCUGGUUCACUCAGACAGGUCAGUUCCAUAAGUUCCAUUCAUUCGUGUCAACUAAACAGCGCCGGCGAAUAAUUUGAUUAUUGUCGUGGACGAAUAAAUACGACGUCGAUUUUUUUAAUUAUUGAGAUAUCAUUCUACGAAAGCGCGAGGUGCACGAGGACACGUAUUGUGUGCAGAGUUGUGCGUGACUUGCAAGAAAAAUGGGAAAAUUACUUAUAGUUUUCCUGGCUUUCGCUGCCACAUGCGUGGCAGGAUUUAUGAGAGUGCCGCUGUAUCGCAUGAAGACAGCACGUAAUCACUUCCAAGAGGUGGGCACAGACCUGCAGGUGCUGAGAAUCAAGUAUGCCGUGUCGGGCCCGGCUCCCGAGCCUCUCUCCAACUACCUGGAUGCACAAUACUACGGGCCGAUCUCCAUCGGCAACCCGCCGCAGACGUUCAAGGUGGUGUUCGAUACGGGCUCGUCCAACCUGUGGGUGCCCUCAAAGAAAUGCCACUACACCAACAUCGCCUGCCUUCUGCACAACAAAUACGACAGCAGUAAGUCCAACACGUACCGCGCCAACGGCACCGAGUUCGCCAUCCACUACGGCAGCGGCAGCCUGUCCGGCUUCCUGUCGCAGGAUGACGUGUCCGUGGGCGGCAUCACGGUGCGCGGCCAGACCUUCGCGGAGGCCAUGUCGGAGCCGGGGCUCGCCUUCGUGGCCGCCAAGUUCGACGGCAUCCUCGGGAUGGCUUUCCGCAGCAUUUCAGUGGACGGCGUGACGCCGGUGUUCGAUAACAUGGUGGCGCAGGGACUCGUCAAGCCCGUGUUCUCCUUCUAUCUGAACAGGGACCCGAGCGCGGCGCAGGGCGGGGAGGUGAUCCUGGGCGGCUCGGACCCCGCGCACUUCCGCGGGAACUUCACGUACGUGCCCGUCCACCGGGCCACCUACUGGCAGUUCCACAUGGACGCCGUCGAGGUCGCCGGACACUCCUUCUGCACGCAGGGCUGCGAGGCGAUCGCGGACACGGGCACCUCGCUGAUCGCGGGCCCCACGGCCGAGGUGGAGGCGCUCAACAAGGCGCUGGGCGCCACCCCCAUGGCGUUCGGCCAGUACGUGGUGGACUGCGCGCUCAUCCCCAAGCUGCCCACCGUCAGCUUCUCGCUGGGCGGCGCGCGCUUCACGCUGGAGGGCCAGGACUACGUGCUGCGGGUGUCGCAGUUCGGCAAGACGGUGUGCCUGUCGGGUUUCAUGGGGCUGGACAUCCCGCCGCCCAACGGGCCGCUGUGGAUCCUGGGCGACGUGUUCAUCGGCAAGUACUACACGGAGUUCGACGUGGCCAACAAGCGCAUCGGCUUCGCGCCCGCCGUUUGACUGCGUCGUACCCCUCAGUAGUUCGUAUAUUAGAGUAACUUCAUUUGCAAUGCAAUCAGUCUACGCUUUAUAAUCUCGGCGUUUUUAUAAUCAAUAACGUGUAAACAUAGACAUGACAGUCCUAUUUUACCAGAAUCACACACGACCUUAUGUUGUGUCCAUUGUUUUUUUUAUGUUUGUACUUUAGAAAUAAAAUAAUUAAAAAUA